CCUCCUCAUCUCUCUCUUUCUGUCUCUCUCCCGCCCGCCGUUUUCCUCAGCUCUCACUGCACACCCUCGCAAACCCUAGACGCCUUCUCCGCAACCUCACAAUUUUUUCAUGCUCCUUCUGGAUCUCGCUUACUGAAGUAUCUCUUUUCUUUUUCUUCGGAAACCUUUUGAAUCGGUGUUCGAGGAGGAUAUUUGGAGAUACGCCACGCUUCGGAAUUGUCGGCGAUGGCCGCUUCCACCACAAGCCAGGUCUAUGUUCAGGUAAUCGAAGAUGUCAUGAACAAGGUUCGCGAUGAGUUCAUCAACAACGGUGGUCCUGGCGAGGAAGUUCUCAAGGAGCUUCAAGCUACGUGGGAAACAAAAAUGAUCCACGCUGGUGUUAUUCUCGGGCCAAUAGAAAGGUCCAGUGCAGCUAAGCCUACGCCCGGUGGUCCAAUAACUCCGGUUCACGAUCUAAACGUCCCAUAUGAGGGGACUGAGGAAUAUGAAACUCCUACCGCUGAGAUACUUUUCCCUCCUACGCCUUUGCAAACUCCAAUUCAGACACCUUUACCGGGAACCGCUGAUAACUCCAUGUAUAACAUUCCUACUGGACCUAGUGACUACUCAACCCCUGGAAAUGAUUCUAGCGGAAAUACUGAGGUGAAAGGUGGAAGACCUGGCCCAUACAUGCAACCUUCUUCUCCUUGGAUGAACCAGAGGCCUCCACUUGAUGUCAAUAUUGCUUAUGUCGAAGGACGGGAAGAAGCAGACAGAGGAAAUUCUAAUCAACCUCUGACACAGGACUUCUUCACGGCAUCUUCAGGAAAGCGAAAACGUGAUGAUUUUCCUUCACAGUAUAAUUCUGGUGGAUAUAUACCUCAGCAAGAUGGAGCUGGAGAUGCUGCAUCUGGAGUUUUUCAAGUUGAGGUGCAUGGAGGGAGCAUCUCUGUUGGUGCAUCUCACAGUACUUCUAAAGGGAAGUUAGCAGUGUGUUCCGAGAGGCCAGCUUCAAGGAUUCCUCAACUUGAUGGACCAAUUCCUUAUGAUGAUGAUGUGCUUUCUACUCCAAAUAUAUACAAUUAUGGAGGAGUGUUCAAUGAAGACUACAACAUUGCAAAUACACCAGCUCCUCCUGAAGUACCGGCAAGUACCCCUGCUCUUGUUGCUCAAAAUGAGGCUGGAGAUGAUGAUGAUGAAGAACCCCCAUUGAAUGAAAAUGAUGAUGAUGAGUUGGAUGAUGUGGAUCAAGGAGAGGAUCACAAUACCCAGCAUCUUGUUCUGGCUCAGUUUGACAAGGUGACGCGUACCAAGAGCAGGUGGAAAUGCACAUUAAAGGAUGGGAUCAUGCGCAUAAACAAUAGGGACGUUCUCUUCAAUAAGGCGACAGGAGAAUUUGACUUCUGAUUUUUGUCAUUUAUCACGAUUUGGUGGAUGUAUGUGAAGCAUAAGGCAGGGUGUCAUGGGGUGUUUCAAGUCUUCUUGUUUGAUUAUAAAAAUAUUAAGUGAAAGCUUAAGGAGGGGAGAUAUCCUUAAUAUUAAGUGAAAGCUUAAGGAGGAGAGAUAUCCUUAAUACUUUCGGCUUUCGAGACUGUUAUUGGUGUUGGGCCUUUACAUGAAUAGAUGGUAUUCUGAGGCAUAUUUUCUGAAGGUUACCAUUUGUCAAGUGCGAUGUACUUAGUUCCGUUAGCGCUGUAUACUCGGACAUUUUGGUUAAUUGAGAAUCGCUUUGUAUGAUAACGAUAUUAUUUAUGUCAUCUCGGUCAUCUUUCAUGUAGUUAUACGCAAUAAUGUUAAUUAAUCUUUGGAUUUGAGCUUUGAAUAAAGCAGGAA